GAUUUGUAGGGCCUUUUGGGUUUUUCUUAAAUUGAAGAGUUUGAAAGUUAAAAAACCCACACAAUGUGCUGUUAGAAAUUGUUUAUUUGCUUGAAUCGUGUUUUAUGUGAUUGAAAUGUUAGAAAAAGCACCAUAAGUUUCGAAUUAUUUGCUGUUCAUUCGCUGUUUUUCAUUGGCUGUGUUGAAAAUAUGAUUGAAUAUUCAUGUUUGAAGAACUUUCGUACUGCGAACUGUAUUGUUUGAAAUAAAGAAUUAAACAGUAAUUAAUAUGGAAAUUUGGUGACUUUACAAUAAACAAUUUUUGACAACCACAUUAUCAUUCGAAACUUAUGCUUGAAAUUUAAAUACUGUAUGAAUAAUCGUAGUGAAAUGGAAGAGAAAUUAAGUAGACAUGCUGAAGUGAAAAGUCGGUCUGUAAAAUCCGACAUUAGCACCGGUCGAAGCUUGAGUAGUUCAAGGCAAACAGAAAAAGAGUUAGAAAUUCAACGACUUUUGGUCGCACAACCUGAAGAAAUGGCUGAAUAUGAAGCUGAAAUGGAGAAACAACAGGCUGAAAUGGAAAUAGAACAUAAAAAACAAAUCAAAAUAAAGAAAUUAAGAUUUAAGCAACAGUUAGCAGAGAAGGAAGCCUUUCUAUAUGACUCCACACCUUCUCGUAGCAGUCGUUCUGUAAAAUGCUCUACUACAAUUGACAAUCUCCCUUCUCCCACCCCCAGUGAAAAAAUAAAAAGAACCCAACAAUGGGCCUCAACACCCAUUCAACCCUCCGAUAGAAAUUCUGAUAGAAAUGUUGAACACCCGCCAGUACAUGUAUUUGAAUAUCAACCCCCUACUCCCAUCGAACCCAAAAUAAACUGUGUAGAACUGAAUGCUAAUGCCACUGAAUAUAUACCUAGGACUCACGAACCUAUUCAAAAUGUUGAAACAAAUUAUGAUCGAAAUGUUGGUGAUGCUAUCAGUCAGACUGCUGAGAUCAACCCUGCGAAUGUUCAGGCCGUUUUGUUAAAACUGAAUAUGCUUCAGAGCAUGGAACCAUUGAAAUUUACUGGGGACCCUUCCAAGUACCCUGUGUUUAGGGAACGAAUUAGAAAUCACUUGGAAGAUGGCCUUCUAACCGAUCAACAGAAAAUUGAAUUCUUGCCUAAAUUCCUGGACGGCGAAGCUCUUGGGGUGAUGGAAAGAGCAUCUGGUUGUUCAUAUAUUGCUAUAGUUUCUAUGCUUGAAGCCCGAUAUGGACACCCCGCAAAGGUAGCAGCAGAAACUUUGAAAGGUUUAGUGAAUGUCCCAAUACUAACAAGCUCCGAUACUAAGGGAUUGUUGAAAUUUUCUGAGAACUUAGAAUCAGCUAUCAAACGUUUGAUAGGUAUUUAUGAGGCUGAAGCAAGUACCAUGUCUAAUCUGAAAUUGGUUGUAUCUCGUUUGCCCAAUUAUCUCAUCAAUAAGUGGGGCGAUUUCUGCUAUAAUUUGAGAAGUAAAGGUUGCACACCUCGAUUAAGAGACUUAGGUGAAUUUGUAAAGAAGCACGCUGCUAUUAAGAAUGACCCAGCCUUUGUGCCACUGAACUCCAAUGAUAACUUUAUUAAGCAUAAAAAAGAUAAAACUCCUUUUAGGGAAAAUCUCUGA